AUGGUCAAGGAAGGAUAUUUAUACAAACAAGAAAAAAGUGCUUUACGUAAAACACCUCACUGGCAAAAGUAUUACUGUAUAUUAACAGCCGAUCGUUUGGAUCUAUACGAAAAGGAAGGAACGAAAGGUGUGAAAUUUACCCUCAAAAUUAAAGAUAAAUAUGUUUCGGAAGGAUGUGAUAAUUUUUGUAGAAAAGUAGAUACUUUCAAGAUUGAAGAAUCAACCAAAAAGGUACAUUAUUUUAAUUGUGGUUCACCUGCAGAAUGUAAAGCUUGGAUGAAUAUGUUGGCAAUUCAUGGAGCUAAUCCAAUUCAACCAACCUAUCAAUCAAAGGAACAUUUAUUCAGUACUGAUUUGAAUGAUUUAUUGGAAUUUGAUGAUUGGUUGAAGGAAGUUAAGAAGGAUUUGCCAAAAUCAUCUCCUACUAUUAUUCAUUCUGGAUUGACAUUUAUUUAUGAUAAGAAGGAAAAGCAAUUUGUUCCAAGAUUAUUCCUCUUUUUGGAAAAUGGUAUAAUUUGCUAUUUUAGUAAGGAUUCCAAAAAACAAAUAGCUCAAUUCCCAACUCAUGAAUCCCAAAUGAAUAUUUUCACACAAGCUCCAAGUGUAUUGGGUCAACCAGUUUCAGUUUCUCAAAAAUCCGAAACUUCUGCUGAAGGUCAUUUGGAUGUUACCUUACUAUCACCAAUCACAUCUAUCAUUUCUGUAAAACACUUUGAAAAGAUGCUUCUUUCUACAACUUAUUCUGAAACUGCUUGUGAUGUAAUCUCCAAGUAUAGAUUCAAUUUUAUUACAAAUUAUGAUGAAACCAUCAUGAUGAUGGCUAAGGAAAAGGGAGAAAUCUUAAAGUUUAUUGAAUGUUUCCAAAAGAGUGGCGCCAAAGUUAAAAUUACAAUCAGACACAUCAAUGAAGAUAUUGAUAAGGGAGAUUUCACUCGUGAUAGUCCACUCUUAGCUGAUGUCAAGGAUAGCACCAAAGUUUCAUUGGGAAAGGGUAAAAUUACUGAAUCAUUCAAUGCCAUGAAUAAGAUUGAAGUUACUGUUGAACAAGAUGAAAUUGUUGACAUUAUUGAAAAUCACAAACAUUUGGGAAUUACCUUGAUUAGAAAGACUGAUAAUACUCUUGCUCAAGGUUUGGUUCCUUCUGGAAGUGUAAAGGAAUUGAGAAAGAAGGAAAUUCCAAAGAAUCUCACUGAUGGACAAAAGAAAAAGACUGCCUCCAAUCGUAGACUUCCAGAUCGUAAUACUAAGAAUAUUAGUGAUAAUCUUGCACUUGUUGAAAUGCAACACGAAUGGAAUGAAAGCGUCAUUGAUAGAAAGGGACCAAAAUCCAAGCCUCCAGAAAUGCCACCUUACGAGCUCACUAAGGAAGACAAGAGUAUCUCUAUACCUCCAUCUCCUCCUCGUCGUUUCACUCCAGAAAUUGAAUCUGCAUUCAAGAAGGUUACAACCCCAGAAGUCCCAUCUCGCUCAGUACCUUCACAAGAUAGCAAGCCAUCCUUUGCUUCUAAGCAACCACCGCCAUCACUCCCUUCAGAUAAUACUCCAUCAAGCACAGGUACUGGACCAAAGCUUCCACCUGGAGCUUUCAAUCCAUUGGCUGGUAGAGGAUUUGCUCUUCCAGGUUUGAAGACUGGAACUACUCCAUCUACACCUCUCUCAGAUUCUGGUAUUUCACCAUCUAUUGGUUCCUCUUCAACACCAACAUCUUCUCAGGAAGAUAAAUCCAUUGAUAACUUUGAAGGUUUGAGAAAGGAAAAUGCUAGCUUGAAGAAACAAAUCGAAACUGAAAAGGAAAACUCUGAAUAUUUGGAAACUCAAUUAGGUCAAUUGAGAGGAGAAAUCUCAACUCUCAAACAAAGAAAUCAAGUUUUGGAAAAGGAAAAUAAUGAAAAUUCCACCAAAUUGAAAACCUUGCAAGGAUCGACUCAAUCCAACGAUCAAGUACAAAAGAUCAAUUCCCUCCUCGAUACCAUUAACAAGAUGAAAGACGAACACGAAAAACAAAUGGAAAAUCUCAAAAGGGAACACUUGGAGGAAUUAGAUAGAACUAUUAGAAAGACCAAAUUAGAAGUUGAAACUGAAUCAAAGAAACAAGAAUCAGCUCCUGAGGUUCCAAAGAAACCACCUCGUCCAGGUGCAUUCGGAGCAAGUUUGACUCCAGUGAGUCCAGGAGGUUCCUCUUCAUCUCUAGAUGAUCUCAAACGUGAACUCGAACAAGAACGAUCCAAGAGAAUGGAAGAAACCAAGGAAUUGAAGGAACAAUUGAGAUCCAUGUCUAAGAAAUUGGAAUUUGAAAGGGAACAACUUCGUCCACUCAUGGAAUGGGUUCAAACUAAAAAGUAAAUUAUUCCUUUCUCCAAAAUGUAAUAAUAAUAAAUUGAGUUGAUUAAUUCUACGAAUGAAUUUAAUCUGUAA